AUCAGCUGAUUUUGACAUUAAUCAAUUUUUAACGUGGAGCUGAGUUGGAAUUGAAAAGGCAUAUAAAUUUUACUUUUCUGAAUUAAAUCAGAGUGACUGAAUACACAGUAAAAUAUUAAACCUUUUUAAGAAUGGCUCCCCCACAAAAAGGAAAGCAGGGAACUAAAGGAGCCAAACAAAUAUUGGAGGAAAAUUUGGGUACUUUGAAGUUCUAUCGGAAUAUGGCUAUGAUUUCUAAUGCAUUAUCCUUGGCUAUAUUAAUUUUUUAUCAUUCAGCAGUAAAUAUAGUGUUUUAUAUAUUUUCAAGUAUAAUUUAUAUAGGAUCUUAUCAGUUUAUGGCAUACAUGGCCAAACCAAAAUAUACAGAAACUGGACAGCUUUUAGACAGUGGAGUUGAUUUAAAUAUGGAAGGAGGAGUGGCUGAAAAUGUAAAAGAUGUAAUAAUCCUUACGGCAGGAUGUCAGCUAUUAUCAGCAUUUAUUUCAAAUUAUUUCUGGUUCAUUUGGCUCCUUGCUCCUGCUCGGUUAGGUUGGAUUCUGUGGAAGAAUAUACUUGCUCCAUAUUUCUUCCAACCCGCUCCAGAGAACCCACAAGUGGACGAAAAGAAACAGAAGAAACUUGAAAGGAGACAAAAAAGAAUGGCAAAUAUGAGAUAAUCUUGAGUACCUGUUUAUGCGAACUGUUUGAAUUAAGUUAUUCUAUUUAUAAAGGUUGGGUUCGAAAUGAUUCCAUAAGAGAUUGUGUAAGUUUUAAAUUACUGUACAUAUACAAACUUAUGUACUAACUAUGACAGGAAAAAAUGUUCCUAGUUGGUUGUGGUGUGCAAUUUUUAGUAAUUUCAUUUGUUUUAUUGUAUUUAUUUUAUAUUUUCUAUUUAGGUCUAUAGAUAGUUUUUUUGUAUAUUUUGUUUUACUUUUCUAGUUUAUAUUUUAUUAAAGUGAUAAAAUCUCU